CUCUUUCUUUUCCCCCUCGUUCAAAGCUCUCUCCUUUUCUUUUAUUCUAUUCUCUCUGCUUCUUCAUUUGUUUUGAUUCCUUUGAUCAAAAACUCAUCUUUUUUUCUCUUCUUUGUUUCCAUUUUGUGGCUGGUUUCAGUCAAAGACAUCACCUUUUCGCAGCUUUGGCUCUCUUUCCUUUCUCUUGGAUUGCUCUGUUUUGUUCUGUUUUGAGUCAUUCUCAUACAAAAAACCAACCAUUUCCUCACUCAAAAUCCCGCCUUCGAUUCUGAUUACAAAUGGGGUUCUCCAAAAAGCCACAAGUAGAUGGAGCAUUAGACUCUGAAGGGAAGAAAUGGGUAAUAGCCGGUAUUGCUAUAAGGACUUCAUUGAAGCCAAUAAACACAAAACCAAGAGGAAAAGAAAUCGAAGAAGAUGAAGAAGAAGCAUGUUCAACCACUCCAACUUCAAAAGAAGCAAGAAUACCAGACAAACUACCUUGCCCUCCUGCUCCAAGAAAGCGAAGGCCUCCUUCAAGAUGCCAUUACACUGGAGUUAGGGAGUUCUUUACUCCUCCUGAUUUGGAAACAGUAUUUAAGCUUCAUGUUGAGAAAGCAAAUUGAGUUUGAAAUUAGCUUUCCUUAUUUUCCCUUAGAGUAAAAGUUUGAGCUUUUAGGUUAGGAGGUUUUGUUGUGCCUUUUUUUUUUUUUUUCCCUUUUGCAUUAGUAACUCCUCUAAUCAAUAUAGUGGAGAAGAGUUGAAGGUGUACAAAGACAUGAUAUUAAAUGACUAGUGUAGUUUACUUUAGUUCAGUUGAAGUUCAUUUUUUUUUUUGGUUGUAUAUAUUCUCAAGUUUCUUGCUUUAUUUAGCUAGUAGUAGUUCAUACUUUUUUCUCUUGGUGCUUGUAUUGGAAUGGUACGGAUUAUGGGUCUUCUUGUACCGCUUUAGAUGUUUGAAUUGAAGCUUGAAGAUUAUUAGAAAAGUUUUGGUUUUUGGUCA